CUCUGUUUGUUUGUUCUGCAGGUUUACGCUCCGUCUGCCAGUACAGCCGACUACAACAGGGACUCACCGGGAUACCCCUCCUCCAAACCUCCCAGCGCUGGAUUCCCCAGCUCCUUCUUCAUGCCAGAUGGUCACCACAGCGGCGAUCCCUGGAGCAGCAGCAGUAGCAGUAUGAGCCAGCAGGGUUACCACGGCAGCAUGCUGGCGGGCGGGAACUCGGCCCACAGCUCCGCCCAGAGCUCCUCCUACUGCGGGAUCCACCCCCACGACAGACUGAGUUACCCGUCGCACUCGUCUGCGGACAUCAGCUCCAGCCUUCCUCCCAUGUCCAGCUUCCACAGAGGGGCGAGCGGCAGCGGCGGAGGGGGCGGGGCCAAUCACUACAGCACCGCCUCCUGCACCGCCCCCACCAACGGCACAGACAGCAUCAUGGCUAACCGAGCGCAGAGCGGAGCAGCCAGCAGCUCCCAGACAGGAGACGCCUUAGGGAAAGCACUCGCAUCGAUCUACUCUCCGGACCACACGAACAACAGCUUCUCGUCCAAUCCGUCCACCCCAGUCGGCUCGCCGCCUUCCCUCACAGCUGCAAGUUCAGCCGUCUGGUCGAGGAACGGCGGACAGGGAGCGUCGUCGCCGAACUACGAGGCCCCGCUGCACUCUCUGCAAAGUCGUAUCGAGGACCGCCUGGAGCGUUUGGACGAUGCCAUCCACGUACUGCGGAGCCACGCGGUGGGACCGUCGACGGGUAUGACCAGCGGCCACGGCGACAUGCACAGCCUCAUCGGGGCGGCACAUACGCACAACGGCGCCAUGGGAGCUCUGAGCAGCGGCUACGGGACGGGCCUGCUAUCGGCCAACAGACACUCCCUCAUGGUAGGUCGAUGUUUUAACGCUGCGCAGAUGGUCCGGGUGGGUUUUUAAAAGAAAACAUGCACCGGCGAGUCCAGAAACGAUCGUAAAAUACUGGUUAAAUAAGACAAGAUAAAGGUUUUUGAUCCGGAUCCAGCGCGACUGAGGGAGUACAGCAAUGAUUCUUGGAGCUUCAAAGCGCUUCGUGGCACGUUGCUUUAAAACCACGUUUGUAAUCAGAGGCAAACGGUGCUUUACCGGGUCGUUUGUCUUGUGGAUUGAAAUUAACCCUAAAAUUAGUCUAUAUUGUUCAUUUCUGACUAAUUACCACCUGGAAAACGAGAGCAUCUUGAAACAAAAAGUGAAUUGUGAACUCAAAAAAAAAAAAAAACAAGCCGGAGAGGAGAGUUUUAAAUUAAGAGACGGCGGUAAUGUUUUCCACAUUCGAGGCUUUUUUAGUCAACUUCAAACAAUAAACAUAAAGAAGCAAACAGCUGUGUGACAUAAGGAGAUGUAGGAGGGCGACAUUAUGAAAUACAGCGUGCAGAGUAAACACAUCCAGAUGCCUCCACAUGUUCAGGCAGACCUGCAGCCUGAAACUGUGACUUAGACGAGCUGCUCUCUGACUGGUCCAUCAGCGCUAAUGACAUGUGGAGCGUUUCCAUCCUGCA